GAUGCCAGCAGCACCGGCUGGGGUCUCUUGGAGAAGACUGUUCGUGGCUACGAUGAAGAUGAAAUAAAGUCACGCACCGAUAACAUUGAUACCCUUCUUCUCUUUGCCGGCCUCUAUGCAGCCAUCUUGGCAGCUUUCAGCGUAGUCUCUCUUACCUUCCUCAAGCCAGACACUGGUCAGCAGACAGUCGCGCUAUUGCAACAGCUUGUAAACGGGUCGUCCGAUUUUACCAGCAAUCCUGGACGACAGAGCGACGCAACUUCGGAUGAUGAUGACUUCAAGCCCCCGGGCUGGGCUGUCCGCGUUAACGUCUUGUGGUUUGCGAGUCUCGUCAUCAGCCUUUCCGCCGCAUCUCUCGGAAUCCUUGUCAGACAGUGGCUCGUGGAAUCUCUUGCGCGAACCUACAAAUCUCCACAGCAGCUCCUCCGUGCUCGACAAUAUCGCGAUCCGGCAACGAGAAGAUGGUUGGUCACCCACUUCGCGGAUGCGUUACCCAUGCUCUUGGAGUUUGCCCUUCUUCUCUUCUUCGCCGGACUCUGCGAAUUCACGGCCGCUUUCAAUCCCAGCGUCGGCCAUACUACGUGGCCACUUGUCACCGGAUGGGGAUUCCUCCUAUUCGCCUCAUUCAUACUCCCGUGUUUCUUUCCGCAUUGCCCAUACAAGACGAACUUUCUGUAUGAAGUUGCAUCGUUCAUUCGCCGAGAACUCUAUGCACCAACUAUC